UAGGUGAGAUUCCUAGCGGAUUCUCUCCAUUCAGAGCGCCGCCCUUUUCGUUUGAGGCAGACGGAAAGACAUACUCUUUUGUGGACAUUUGCAAAAAUCUAGGCUCUUCGCUCUACAUUUCUCCACUGGUCACCGUAAUUGAAUCGAUUGCGAUUGCCAAAUCCUUAGCCAAAGGGAGUCGCAUUGAUGUCAGUCAAGAGAUGAUCGCCAUCGGUACUAGCAACAUUUUAGGAUCGUUUGCGUCAUCGUUUCCAGUGACAUGCGCAUUUUCACGCACGGUCGUUAAUGCCGCCAGAGGCGUCCGCACGCCUUUCGGCGGACUCUACACUGGUGCUCUUGUUCUUCUGGCCAUUACGGUUUUGACGCCUUAUUUUUUCUACAUUCCAAAAAGCUGCUUGGCAGCCGUCAUCAUUUCCGCUGUUAUUUUCAUGGUGGAAGUCAGCUUAGUCAAGAUGGUUUGGAAAUCAAAAACAAUUGAUUUAGUGCCUUUUGGCUUUACGUUCGUCUUUUGCGUCUUUGUCGGUCUGUCGCAAGGCAUUUUGAUUGGAACGGCUACCAAACUUGGCAUGCUCUUAUACAGCACGGCUCGUCCACGGAUUAAAAUCCAUAAAAUCAAGUUUAGUGUUCACCGCCAUGGAAUAGUUCAUGUCCAGCGUACGAAAAGCUUCGGCGCUAUAUCCUGGUAUUAUCGUAGUGAUCGACAUGAGCCACGUCUCCGCAGCGGAUUUUACCACGGCUUACGGCUUUGACAACAUGAUCAAGAGGCUACAGAAACACGGGCACAAACUCAUUUUGACCCGACUCAAACCUGAAGUUUUGCUCAUUUUGUCCCGUAUGGGGUGUGAUUUUCACAUGCUCAACGAAGGUGAAGAUAUGCAAAUUUUGCUCAGGGAUAUUUCUACACGUGAUGUAUGUAUAUCUGUUGACCCAUUGUCAAACAAAAACCCUCCCGUGGCAGAGCACACGUCGCUAGAGUUCUCUUCGAGCGUCGAUGGAAAUAGCGGGACGGACCAAGUACCGCCCGUCGUACGAGUUGAUAAUCACGACACAGCGCUGUGAAUUGUUCUUUAAAUAUUUUGCCGUCUUCGUCUGCUAUCUGUGUCGAACUUAUUAAUAGCCAAUUAUCCCAACAAACGAGUGUCAACAUUGUGUAGAAACUGCACACGCAGCGUGAAAUUUGCUUAUCUCGUGAGUAAAUAUAAAAACGGAAACCCCCACCCCCCAAUCUUGAUGUGGUGCGCAUAAUACGAAACAACGAUAGCAUCACAUACAUCAACCUUGGCAGCAUGACGUCUAUCUUGUUUCCGAUAACUUCCGUCUUU